AUGGGUAAGCCUAUGACAAAAGUUAGUUUGGAUGUGGGAGAAAGCAGUAUUUCAGAGAGAAACUGGAAGGGAAUUGUCAUUUCACUGCUGGUGAUCAUAAUCAUGAACUCAUUCAUUGCUCUGCCAAUUGUUCUUCUGUCAAAAGAUGAUGCUUCAAAUGCUGCACAAUCAAGAUUAUCUCUGGAUGACUUUUUUUCAAAAGAGUUCACUUUGCAUGACCCAGAAGCAAACUGGAUAAGUGAUGAUAAUAUUAUUUAUAGAAGCAGAGAUGGAAAUGUGAUGAAACUGGAUUUACUAAGCAACGAAACAGGAAUACUUUUGAAAAACACCACCUUUGAGACCUUCAAAGCAACAAAAUAUGCUGUCUCUCCAGAUCUCCACUUUGUUCUUUUAGGAUAUGAUGUUAAACAGGUCUAUCGAUACUCUUUCACAGCCUCAUAUUUAAUUUACAGCUUACAUACCAGGGAGGUUUGGGAGCUCAAUCCACCAGAAGUUGCUGAUUCAGUGCUACAGUAUGCGGCCUGGGGAGUCCGAGGACAGCAGCUGGUGUAUGUUUUUGAAAACAAUAUCUACUACCAGUCUGCUAUCAACAAAAGUUCUUUGAGACUUACUUCAUCUGGAAAAGAAAAAGUUAUUUUCAAUGGAAUAGCAGACUGGUUGUACGAAGAGGAACUACUGCAGUCCCAUGUUGCCCACUGGUGGUCCCCAGAUGGAGAAAAGCUGGCGUUCCUGAUGAUUAAUGACUCCCUGGUAUCAAACAUGGACCUUCCUCGUUUUACAGGCAGCCUCUAUCCCAAAGGACAACAGUAUCCCUAUCCCAAGGCAGGUGAGAUUAACCCUGUGGUCAAACUGUAUGCAGUCAAUUUAUACGGGACAUCAAAAACAGUGGAAUUAAGACCCCCGGAGAUAUCUGAAAGCAGUGACCAUUAUAUUACUAUGGUGAAGUGGGUCAAUAACAACAAGGCUGCAGUGAGGUGGUUAAACAGGCCACAGAAUACUUCUGUUCUUGCAAUAUGUGAAGCUACGACUGGCCAUUGCAUCCAAAAACAUGUAAGGACAACUGAUAUUUGGCUUGAUAAACAGAAUGAAGAGCCAGUGUUUUCACAGGAUAGUCGGACAUUCUUUCUGACUGUGCCAGUUAAAAAUGGCAGACAUGGAGCCUUUCACCACAUUGCAGUGUUUUCUGAUCUGCCUGGAAAUGAGGAGCUCACUAUUCGUCCCCUCACAUCAGGAAACUGGGAAGUCACCCGAAUACUAGCCUUUGAUGAGAAGCAACACACUAUCUAUUAUCUCAGUACUGAGGAUUCAUCAAGUCGAAGGCAACUAUACAGUGUGUCUACUGCUGCCCCAUCUAAUCCUCAAUGUCUUACCUGUGAUAUACACAAGGACCGGUGUACAUACUACAGUGCUGAGAUUAGUCCCAGCCUUCAGCACAUCAUCUUGAACUGUGAAGGUCCAGAUAUUCCACAGGUCACCGUUCACAGACUGAGUGACAUGAUAAACUUGAACAGUUUGGAAAACAACACAAAGUUCAGAGAGGCCAUGAGAGGGAAGAAAAAACUGCACAGGGAAACCAGAACCAUUAGUAUUGAGAGCUAUGAACUUCCCCUUCAAUUGACCUUCCCAGCAGACUUCAAUGAAAAUAACCUUUACCCUCUUCUACUGAUUGUUGAUGGAGCUCCUGGCAGCCAGCUGGUAACUGACAGGUUUCUCCUUGACUGGGACUCGGUGCUUGUCAGCUCUCAUGAUGUCAUCGUAGCUCGCUUUGAUGGCAGGGGAAGCGGAUUCCAGGGGGAGCGGGUCCUACAGGAAGUUUAUCAUCGUUUAGGAACUAUUGAAAUAAAGGACCAAAUAGCAGCAGUAGAAUCUUUAUUUAAACUUCAUUACAUUGAUCAAAACAGGAUUGGAGUAUAUGGAAAGGCAUAUGGAGGCUUCCUCACAUCUCUGCUCCUCCUGUCUCCAGACAGGCUUUUCAAAUGUGGAGUUGCUGUUGCCCCUAUUACAGACUGGAGAUUAUACGACUCAGCAUUUACCGAGAGAUACCUUGGUCUCCCAUCAGUGAACAGCCAUAUAUAUCAAGCCUGCAGUAUUCUAAAUAAUAUUACUGGAUCGAGCCAUCACAAACUCCUAAUAAUUCAUGGGACUGCAGACGCAAAUGUCCAUUUCCAGCACUCAGCUGAACUGAUAAAACGUUUGUCACAAUCUAAUGUAAACUACACUUUACAGGUCUUCCCGGAUGAAGGACAUGACAUUAUUUUAACAAAGAGCCAGUAUUACCUGUACAGUAAAGUCAAUACCUUCUUCAAAGAGUGUUUUCAAGAAGCAGCAAUAUUAACUCUUGUAUCAAAAGAGGCUGACGAAUAG